AUGCCCUUCGUCGAUAUCUAUAGCAAGGACGACUUUGCGUCGAUAUUUUAUAUCACCAAUACCGAGUAUGACUGUGUUGGUGGAUUUGACCCGGAAAAACCGACCAUCUUGAUGCUACAUCCGACAACGUUGGACUCGUCCUGGCUUACAGAACAAUUUUCCGACCCGCGACUUGGGAGCAAUUUCAAUCUCAUUGCAUUCGACAUGCGGGUUUGUGGACAGUCCGUAUGCAGAGCAAAUGGAAAGCAUGAUUUAUGGGUGGAGGCAGCAGAUAUUGCAAUGUGUUGUCAGGAACUACACCUACCACCCUGCCACAUUUUUGCUUGCGAAACCCUAGCUGUCAACUCUGCUCUGCGCUUCGCCAUAUUAUUCCCAGAAUUGUGUCUGAGCUUGACGCUGUGUAAUGUUCCGGCUCCAACAGAAAUGAAAUGGGUCUUCAAUGCCUACGAUGAAAUGAUGCAAACAUGGUGCUAUACUGAAGAUUUAGAGUCGCUGGAACAUGUUUCGAUGGAACUAACUCGGUUUAUAGUGGGAUCAGAAUGUGAUCCUGACUUGAGGGAUGAUUUAAUCGAAUAUUGGGAGAUUGAAAUGCCUCCCUUCCGUCGGACGCGCAUAGUAGAACAGCUCGGGGUAAUCAUGAACCGGACGCCGCUGAAAUCAUACAUGCUGAAGGAGGUCACUCAGCCAGUCCUUAUCAUUCAGGGUGAGCGAAAUGAAGUUUCCCCGCUCAAAUAUGCCGAGAGACUGGUUGCGGACCUUGUUAACGCUGAGGGUGGUGCCAUAUUGUAUGAGGUCAAGGGAGGUGUCGGUGCACUGAACGUUGUCCCGGGAACCGCUUCAAUUACUAAUCAGGUCUUCAGCAAGUUCGUCUUGAGAUUACCACACCAUAGAUCCGACCUGCUCCCCAGUCCUACUCCUAAGAUGGAACGAAUGUCUGUCGCGUUGGAAAAAUUGGCGCAACUGAUGGGCGAUUCGGCUAUUUCAUUGCGGGAUCCUCUGUCACCAAUGUCGUUCUCAUGUCUUCCACCGGAGGUGGUCAAAGGCCAGGAAGAUUCGUUGAAAUUGUAUCGAAAAGGUGAGGGAGCCGCGUUCAAUCCCUGCGGACCCAACGGGAAACCAAUUAGAAAAUUUUCUGAAACCAGGAAGCAGCAUUGGUUCUCAGGAGAGAAAGACGGGAUAUCUUAUGCUAGCUCGUCAUUAACAAAAAAUGGGAAACAAGAAGCUGAACCGUAUGAAAGAUUACUACCUCUUCCCCAAUCAGAGCCUGUAACGGGUGAUCUCGCACAUCAAGGUCGAUUACGACGGGCCACGAUCAGCCCGAGUUCAGUGGAUAAACAUGUCAUCAAAGGUUCUAUGGCCAAAGUUGUGAACUCUAAUACCCCCAACUCGUUUCAACGGCUAUUAAAAUGA